GAUGACACAAAACAUCUUGUUCAUUUCAGUCUUCCCUUGUUCAUUUCAGUCUCCGACGGUUCUUCCCGAAAUGGACACAGUCACGCUUCUCUCUGUCUCAGAGAGAUGAGUAAUGGUUCGUUUUCUUCCGGUCAUAUUCGUUGCCAUUUGCAGGAACUGAAUCAGAACGAACGCUCCUAUAAAUGUGAAAGGUUCCAGUGUUUGAACUCAUUAGGAUAAUAAACUUCGAACAGUGAAGAUCAGCUCAUUUGGUUUUCUGUUUUAUAACUACAAUAUCUCCAAGCUCGGGCUAAUCUGACAUUUUUGACGUCGAAAUAUCUGCUAAACUACCAGAAGUAAUCUCUAGGAGGUAAAUUGAGGAAUUUCAGACCUCCCGUUUGUAAGAAAGAAUUUACAGGGCUGUUGAGGCACCUGCCAAUAUUUCUUAGCAUAACUUACUAUAUAAUUACAGUACAUUUCACCUGACAUUGGGUGUCUGUAUCAAUUCAAACAGGAUUGCAUAUUCGACAAAUAUUCCGCGAGAGAGUUGCCGUUCAGGAUUAGGGCCGGGUUAUAUAAUUGUUCGAAAUCUGAGCGGAAGAAGUGAGAUCUCAAGAGAUCUAUACUCAGGUGAAAAGUACAGAUUACACAACGACCUCAGGUAUACGGAGAAGAGCGACAACUUUCUACGCAGGAAGAUGGAGGGCGGAUUUUUCUUUAAAAUGUUCAUGAUGGUUGUAACUAUCAAAACAGCAUUCAGUGCAGUGCCCUACUCCAACCCAAGAAGGGGAGAUAUCGGAAUCGACUGGCUCCACGUCUCAACUUCCACAGGGUUCCAGUGUUACAAACCGCUGGAUGUGGUGUUCCUUUUGGACUCGUCCCGUGCCUUUCAAGGUCACCGGUGGAACAAACUCGUCGAUUUCACAUACAGACUGACUGAGAGAUUUCCUCUGGGUCGCCGCAGUGUUCGAGUCGGUGUCCUGGCAUACGAAACGUCCCCGCAUGCAGUGAUUCCCCUCAACACCACCGCGAAACAAAUUCUGGAUAGUAUUUCGUCCUUGCGUUAUACGCAAACUGUGAAGACGAAGCUCAGGGCAGAUAUUGCUGGUGGUAUCGACUACAUGAAAGAGGUUUUCUUCUCAACUGAUGAACGCUACGAGGCCACCAGAGUUGCAGUGGUCGUUUCCGACUAUGAUUCAUUGGCGAAUCAAUCUGUCCCCCUUGCAAUUAGAAGAGCUAUGGCAGCUGGUAUCAAUGUCUUGCCUAUUGGAAUUCGUUCGUCUCAGUCAACUUUGGAGCUCUCUGGUAGUUUCUAUGGAGAAAAUUCAAUCCAGCUGGGGAGUGUUAAUGAUCUUGACAGCAUCACAGAUACAGUAAAAAGAAAGACUUGCCAAGCUCCUAACCUUCCACGCUCCGGCGGUGGAUGUGGAAAUGGUUUCCCAGUAGAUGUCACCUUCAUCCACGACGCUUCCAACUCUGGACCAGCAAGAGCGCGAUAUUCAUACCACUUCAUGCAAAACAUUGUGAGACAGUUGGACAUCUCGGAGCAGGCCAUUCAAGUAUCUCUCCUACAACAGCCAUGUUUACCGGUAUUAGAUUUCGGCCUUGAUAGCUAUAACGAUAAAGACAGUUUGUUAAAUUCACUGAAUGUUGGUUCCCCUUUGGCUGUCAGUCAUUUGAUGAGAACAGCUAGGAUGAGCGCUGCGCGUGUGGAUGGGAGCAGGCGGUUUAACGCAAAGAAAGUUGCCGUCUUAAUAACUGAUCGCAAAAUUAACGACAUUGGCCCAUCAUCACGUGAAGCUAUGAAAUCUAGGCGAGCUGGCAUGAAAAUUAUCGGUAUCGGCAUAGGGGAAGACGUAAGGAUCGCGGACCUGAGGGAGGUAUCUAGCAGGCCGUCAGGGGAGCAUACAUUUCACGUGAAGAGACACGAAAGCCUGUCAGAAAUUAGGGAGAAGGUGUUGAAUUUGAUAUGUUCAUAGUUUGUGAUCUUUGAAACUUUAACUUGGAACAUUAGCAUUAUUUGCCAAGGUGGUGAACUGACUUGCCUACCUAUACGACAAGUCUCUUAACUUGUCUUGUUGGUUCAGUUGGUUAUAUUUUAACCCUGUAAAUACUUUUAUUCUAGAUUUGAUAAUCCAAAUAAACUAAUUGUAUUAUCUUUUGCAAGUUCGUUAUUUUUAUAAAUUGAAUUUUUUUAAUUGUUUAAACGCAAUUUGGUA